AGCAGGAACACCAACGCAAAUGAAGGAAAAACAAAUAACACAAAACCUCUGUAACAUGAUACGGAUAAGGAAGGUAAUUGGGGGUUUUUCUCGCAAACAAUAGGAUUGUUCUUGCUUGAAAAGUUCGUCUGUAUCUGUAUGAGGGCAUGUUUAUGUGGAAUCCUUAUUCUCAAGUGUUGCAACACUCAGCAGCUACACAGAGCCAUGGAUGUGUCUGUUCUGUUCCUUUUUCUUUUCUUAAGGUUUCUCUGUGAUGGUAAGUGAAGCUAUGCCUAUUGACUACUAUUUAACAGUUUCAAAAAGUUAUGGCACAAUUAUUUCAUAAUACAAACAUGUAUUUAAGACAUUAUGUAUACUUUCAAACUGCUGUUUUAACAAGAGCAGAUCCUACUUUUAGAUCCUUUAGAUUUUUUAAAUUGGUUGGUGUGUUUUCAGGUGGAUCCUCUUUAAUGUUACUGAUAGUUUGAGUUCAUGUCCCUGGAUAUAUAGGUGAAUGCAUGGUCAAUAAUUCUGGUGGUGUUGGAUUUCACUUAAGUAGCUAACGAAAACAACUUUGCACUUUUUAGAGUUCUAAAAAGAGCAAGCAAACUAUUCUAACUAGUGAAGAUUUAAUUGAGUUUGUAAGCAUUAACACUGCUAGUUUUAUGGUUUGGAGCUUGAGGCCGCUAUUAGUGACAGCUGAUCAUAUUUACUUCCCUUUGUUUAGCCUCCUUUAGCUGGUUCUAGUGCUCGAAUAUAUAGAGUAAAUCUGGAUUUAUAAAUAUCUAUCAUGGUGCUUGAGCUGAUGCUGAUGCCAAGGCCAUUAUGCUUCAGUCUGGCAAUGUACAGACACAGAAUAAACAUCAAACUAGCAGGAAAAGUAACUUCACUACUAUGUAUUUAAGUCCUCUUGCUUUUGGUACCUGUUGGGCAAGAUAAAUUAAGUCAUAACUGUAUGUUAAGAAUAUGAAUUUAACAUUUAACAUGUUUUUUUAUAUAAAUAUGUUUUUAUGUCAUUGUCUUUCCAUUUUUCUAGCCCAAAUACCAGCUCCAAUGACCAGAACAACAGACUGUGCAGGUCCACCAGUGCUAUGCUGCCCUGGACAAAACUCCAGUUGUUUCAGGGGGUGUUAUUGUGAUCAGAUAUGUCUGACAUUUGGUGACUGCUGCCGUGACUACAGGUCAACCUGUACAGAAUUUGUGACCCAAGUACCAACAAGAAAACAAGCCACUGGAAACAACAAUAUAAUAUAUACAGAUACAAACAUCACCACACCAACGCUCAAUGCAGCAUCUGCACUUAACAGAACAGACUCAGCAUCCACAGCGCCGGCAUCUGCAGCAACCAGCCAGACAAGCAGUGAUACAUCUACACUAGCAAAUACGAAAACAUCUUCAAUCGUGUCCACUGUAACAGCAGGCACCAAUGCAACAGUGGGCACCACUGCAACAGUGGGCACCACCGCUACGCUAGCAGAUAUCGAAACAACUUCAGUCUCUGGUUCUACACCAACCAGCCAAAAAAGCAGCACUACUGCAUCUACACCUUUAGCUGGCCUCAUAACAUCCAUCUCCACUGCUGCAGGAAGUGGAAACACUGCUGGCAUUUCCAACAAAAACAAGGAUUCCACAACUGACACAAGCUCAGACAAAGAUUUCCAAACAGUGACUUUUCACCUAAAAGCUUCACUUUCAUCCUCUAAUCGGGAUAGCAAAGAUGUGAUCUUAGAGGCUUUAUCCAGUUUCCUGUCCAACGUCCUUCUCCGGUUGAACUGUGAGCGCUGUAUCCUCAAGGUCCAACACGUCAAACCCACCUGAGAAACAGCGUUUGCAGCAGUCACUGGAGGCAGGAUAUGGCACCAGCUAUACUCUGACAAUAAAUUGCAAAAUUCUCAACGACAAAUUAAUUUCUUGAAAUUACAUAAGAUACAAGAUAUAUAUCAGAGGCUUGAAAGUCGAUGCUUUAAGUGAAAGUUCAAGUGGGCUUUUCAGUUUUAUAAUGCUAACAGUCACAUUUAUCACCAGGUAGUUGAAACAUGUGAGAUAGUGCAUACCUCACUGCACAUGCCAUAACUUACAAAUACAGUACCAUACUAUUAAAUGUGAAUCCUGCUAGCUUGUGUGUUGUGUUUGAGAUAACAAAAAGCCCUAAUCCUGACAACAGUAAAGAUACUGUUCUUCUUACGGGAGGAGGCCAAAGAUAAACGUUAGCUGCCUUUAAAAAAAGAUCCAAAGAGCUGGACAGCCUGACUAAAAUUAACAGUUAUCUAAUAAAUUAAUCAUGUUCCUCAGAGAGGAUUUGAAUUACUAUUUUUAUUUUAAUUCUUAUCAUUGCGGAAAUGACUUUCUGGAUAUGGGAUAUGCCAAAAAAACUUCUACUCAGAAAACAAUCUGGCUGUGUUACAGAAAUCUGUGUCACUGUGUUGUCAUUCACUUGUAGCUGUAAUAGCUUUCCCUACAUGUGUACAGUCUGUAAUCAGUCCUGUAUUUGUGCAAUCUCCUCACGUUUACAGCAUGUCAAGGUAGCUGUACUUUGGCAUUGCGCCAGAGUCUGUGUGUGUUAACCAGACUUACCAGUCAGGAAUUGGUUUGCAUCUGAUCCUGAUCCUUUGCAGACUCACUUGGCAAGUAUAAUAUCAUUGAAUUUAAUAUUUAAAAGCAGCAUGACUUAGUACUGGUACUGCCAAGUUUUGGUAUUUGUCAUAAAUCCAAAUGGCAAAAGAGCACCAUUAAUCUGAAAACGUGGAUAUUGGGUAUAGACUACCAGAAGUCAGAUUAAUAAAUUAUUUACUCACGGAUGUCAA